AUUGAUAUUUCCGUUUCUGGCUUUGGGCAUUUGCUUACUCUCUCUCACCAGGUUUAUAAAAUCCGAACAAAUAAGAGAACAGCACUCAAGUUUGUAUCUUUCUCCAAGUCAUAUUCUUUAUAUUUGUUAAUUUGAGGUUGCUUUAGCCAGAUUGUAGCUUCUGAAAUUGUUUGGUUUGUUCCUGUUUCUCCCAAAUUUGGAAUUGAAGUGUUGGAUUCAGUGGCUUAAAGAUGGAAGUAAACAAGGAGAAGUAUGCUGCUGAUCUCUCCUCUAUCAAACAAGCACGGGCGCGCAUCAGUUCUUUCAUACACAAAACUCCACUUAUGACCUCAGGAUCCCUGGAUGCUAUUUCUGGAAGGAGGCUGUUCUUCAAGUGUGAAUGUUUCCAAAAGGGGGGAGCAUUCAAAUUCAGAGGUGCUUGUAAUGCUAUAUUUUCACUUGAUGAUCAGCAGGCUGCUAAGGGAGUUGUAACUCAUAGCAGUGGUAACCAUGCUGCAGCAUUGGCUUUGGCUGCAAAGUUACGCGGGAUCACUUCAUAUAUAGUUAUACCGAAGAAUGCUCCGCAGUGCAAAGUUCAGAAUGUUGUGCGUUAUGGUGGUCAGGUUAUAUGGAGUGAGACAACAAUCAAGUCGAGGGAGGAAACUGCAACCAAGGUGCAGCAAGAAACUGGGGCUGCUCUUAUACAUCCAUAUAAUGAUGGACGCAUUAUAAGUGGGCAGGGUACCAUAUCCUUGGAGCUUUUAGAGCAAGCCCCUCAUAUAGACACUAUAGUAGUUCCCAUCAGUGGAGGUGGCUUGAUAUCAGGGGUGGCAUUGGCUGCCAAGUCAAUCAAUCCUGCCAUUCGAGUUUUGGCUGCUGAACCAAAGGGAGCAAAUGAUGCAGCUCAAUCAAAAGCAGCCGGUAGAAUUGUAACCUUACCUGAAACAAAUACGGUUGCUGAUGGCCUGAGAGCUUUCCUUGGUGAAUUCACCUGGCCCAUAGUACGUGACCUCGUCGACGACGUAAUUACAGUAGACGAUACUGAAAUAAUCAAAGCAAUGAGACUCUGCUAUGAGAUCCUUAAAGUUGCAGUUGAACCAAGUGGAGCCAUAGGUCUAGCAGCUGUCUUAUCUGAUAGCUUCAGGACCAACCCUGCCUGGAAGGACUGCAACCAAAUAGGAAUUAUACUUUCAGGAGGUAAUGUAGAUCUUGAAGUGCUGUGGAAUUCAUUUAGCAAAUGAAAUUUACCAUUGUGAUUGCUACUCCUAUUUAAACCUUUUUUCCCUUUAAACUUCGCUUUGAUCUCUAAAUGCUAAUAUGAAAUCCAAUUACUUUGGUUGCAACUA